GAUCGAUAAACAACGUACAAAAUGCUCGGAAUAUUCGACAUUCCUAUACCAGAUUACAAUCAGUUGCCAAUGAUCAAUGAAUCAUGGUCGGUUUUAGCAAUACUAACUGUAUACCUAAUAUUCGUUCUGAAACUUGGAAAGAUUUUUAUGAAGAAUCGACAGCCCUACGAUCUAAGAAGAGUUUUAAGUGUCUACAAUCUAGGACAAGUUGCAUACAAUGGAAUAUUUUUUGGCAUUACAUUUUAUUAUUUAAUAAUCGUACAAAUUUGCGAUCUAAACUGCAUGACGACCUUUCCGGAAGGCCACGAGAGAAAGAAUCUGGAACGAUAUGUGCACUAUGCAUAUUUCAUCAAUAAGUUACUCGAUCUUUUGGACACCGUGUUCUUUGUUCUCCGUAAAAGUUAUAAGCAAAUCAGUUUCCUUCAUGUUUAUCACCAUAUUAUGAUGGUCCUUGUCUGUCAUCUGAUAAUGAGAUUCUACGGAACUGGCGGACAUUUCAAUUCCGUGGGAAUGAUCAACUCCUUUGUGCACACUGUGAUGUACUUCUAUUACUUCCUUUCUGCAAGAUAUCCUGGUGUCAAGGCAAAUCUCUGGUGGAAGAAGUACAUUACUUUGAUUCAGCUUUUCCAAUUUGUUAUCAUAUUUCUGCACGCUUCCCACGUGUUGCUGUUCGCCAAGGACUGUAAGUUCCCGAGCAGUCUUCUCUUGCUGCAGAUUCUUCAGGCCGUGCUUAUGAUGUAUAUGUUCGGCAAUUUUUAUGUGAAGACGUAUAUACGUCCGACUCAGCGCCAAAAGGAGGGUUAGAAUAGGUUGAAUAGCUAAUAAGUAUAUUUGAAUUCAAAAUAUAUAUAAUAUAUAUAUAUAUAUAUAUAUGUGUGUAUAUAUGUAAGUACACACUAAAUAAACUGAAUUGUAUUCACGGUUAACCAAAGUACAUAAUUCAAA